UACUUAAUGAUCUGCAUCUUUCCAGAUGUGUCAGUCUGAUAGGGAUAAAAAAAACAGCUGAGUGGCCCAAUUUUCAACUUUUCAUUAGCUUAUAGGUCAAAGUCUUGUCCAUUCUCACAAUAAGUGAUUUUUAUCAUUCCUACCUCGCUGGGCCUCGUCUACAGAUAAGAGUUUUAACACCACCUCCACCCUCAGCCCUGGAAGAUCCAUAAAUCUGUUCCCURCCGAUUGUUUGUGCCGCGCCACCAGCAGCCAUCAGCUGCUGCGUUCGGUCCAAACACUGCUUCAGUGCUGGGUUCCUUCACCUUGAAGAGUCAGGAGCCGUGYGUGAGUUUCUACAGGCGAAGGCUGGGAAGGACUUUGACCUCGUCCAGGUCGYCUAAAGGUUGAUACUUUCCACCGAGGGCAAAGGUCGAGCUCCGGAAAGGGUUAAAGGUCAACACUUGACUGAUGCCACUCAGCUGAGGGAGACAGACGAGCUGCUUUUCUGGUUGAUGAUCAAAUCUGAGUCUCAAUUUUUUUUUCUGCUACCCAGGACACUUGGAGUCACUUUUACACAAUUUGGAGCAAAGAUUUUUUUCUUGCCACACGCCACUUUUCAAAUAUAAAUAAUGAGUUUUGAAGAGAGUCCAGUCACGAGCAGCGUGGCGGAAACUGACRGCAACGCCGACGGCGUCUGCUCUCAGAAGGAAAAUGGGACGGACGUAGAAACAAACUCCAGCGUGAGGAUCUGUGGAAAAGCUGAUCCAGUUUCAAAGGUUUCCCCUGAAUGUCCCGCCAAAUCUCCCAAAUGUCCUGUGCCAAACGGAGGACAUUUACCAGCAGASGAGCCCAGGGCCGUUCGCCUGUCUGCCGCCAGCCUGGGCACCACCCUGGCCCCCGCAGAGCAGCUGUGGGUCUCCCGCAGAGACCGGGCGGUCAGACUGAGGAUGGAGGACUCGGGCCCGGGCUCGGAGACCCCCGUCACCGUCCACCAGAUGUUCCUGGAGACGGUGGAACAGUACGGGGAUCACCCGGCUUUGGUUUCCAAGAAGGACGGGCGAUGGGCCACCCUGACCUGGAGGCAGUACUACGAGCAGUGCCGAGCAGCAGCUAAAGGUUUCCUCAAGCUGGGCCUGGAACGUUUCCACGGAGUCGGCAUUCUGGGAUUCAACUCUCCGGAGUGGUUCAUCUCAGACGUGGGCUGCAUCUUGGCAGGGGGUCUGGCGGCUGGUAUUUACACGACCAACUCCCCCGAAGCCUGUGAGUACGUCGCUGCCAACUGCGAGGCAAACGUCCUGGUUGURGAAAACCAGAAACAACUCGACAAAAUCCUGAAGGUUAAAGAUCAGUUACCUCACCUGAAAGCCAUCGUCCAGUAUAAAGGCGAGCUGCAGCAGAAAACGCCGUUCCUUUACACAUGGGACGAGUUCAUGCAGCUCGGAGAAGACGUCUCCGACGAGMGGCUGGACUCUGUGAUCGACAGCCUCCGGGCCAACCAGUGCUGCACGCUCAUCUACACGUCUGGAACCACUGGAAACCCUAAAGGGGUCAUGCUGAGCCAUGACAACAUCUCGUGGACGGCCCGAACGGCGUCGGUUAUCCUGAAUCCAAACCAUGGAGAGGAGGUCCUCGUCAGCUACCUGCCGCUCAGCCACGUGGCGGCCCAGAUGAUCGACAUGUGGGUCUGCAUGAGCGCCGCGGGRACCGUGUACUUCGCGGAGCCGGAUGCCCUCAAGGGGUCCUUGGUAAACACGUUGAAAGAGGUUCACCCAACCGGGUUCCUGGGCGUUCCUCGGGUUUGGGAGAAGAUGCAGGAAAGGAUGAAGGCCGCUGGCGCCAAAGUGUCCCCGUUGAAGAAGAGGCUGUCGGACUGGGCCAAGUCCAUCGGCCUGCAGUAUAACUACAGCAUGAUGAAAGGGGAGAACGUGGUGCCGUGGGGCUUCAUGCUGGCCAACAACCUGGUGUUUAAGAGGGUCCGGGCCGCCCUCGGGUUCGACCGCAGCAGGAUUUGCUGCACCGGAGCUGCUCCCAUCACCAAAGAAACCYUGGAGUACUUCCUGAGCCUGAACAUCCCAGUGAGGGAGCUGUACGGCAUGAGCGAAAGCUCCGGGCCGCACACCCUCUCCAUCACCGAGUAUCGCACCGGAAGCUGUGGGAAAGUGGUGCCGGGCUGCAAGACGAAGCUGGUGGAMCCGGACGCGGACGGGAACGGGGAGAUCUGUUUCUGGGGUCGUCACGUCUUCAUGGGCUACCUGAACAUGCCCGACAAAACGGAGGAGGCUCUGGACGAGGAGGGCUGGCUGCGCUCCGGAGACCUGGGGAAACACGACGAGGACGACUUCCUGUACAUCACAGGAAGGAUCAAAGAGCUGAUCAUCACUGCCGGCGGCGAGAACAUYCCUCCGGUUCCCAUCGAGGAGGCGUUGAAGAGCGAGGUGCCCAUCAUCAGCAACGCCAUGCUGGUGGGAGACAAGCUCAAGUUCCUCUCCAUGCUCCUCACGCUCAAAUGUGUGAUGGACGACAACGGCGACCCCACGGACGACCUGAGCCCCGAAGCACUGGACUUCUGCCGGCAGCGCGGCGUCAAGGCCACCAAGGUGUCGGAGAUCGUAGCCAAWAAGGAGGCAGCGGUCUACAAAGCCAUCCAGGAGGGGCUGGAGCGAGUCAACGCCCGGUCCACGUCCAACGCCCAGAAGGUCCAGAAGUGGGUCGUCCUGCAGCGAGACUUCUCUGUGAGCGGAGGAGAACUGGGACCCACCCUGAAACUGAGGAGGGCCAUUGUUGUGAAAAUGUACCAGGAUAAAAUUGACGAAAUGUACGCAGAGACGACAGAAAAGCAGUAGAGCUGAUGGCAAUGAGGGGAAAGGUAGAAAAAAAAGCUGCUCUGUUGUGUCAGCUUUUGUAUUUUGCACAUAAAACCUUCAUCUCACCAACAAAAACAUUCACUUUUAUCAUUUUUAUGACAUUUUUUAAAAUAGUUUUUAAAUAGAAAUUCACUGUGAUGCAAGAUUCUUGACCAUAAAAUGGGUUAUUUCUGAUACCUCUUUUAAAAAGUUUUAUGCACAUCUGGAUGUUGGACAAAAACAUCUGUUGACAAGUAUUGUGAAGUUUCAAAAUCUGUUUCAGUUUAAGUAAAUCAGUGUAUGCGUCAUGUACAGUUUGACUCCUUUUUGAAUAUAUAUUUAUUUUGUAAAAGCUUUUCUGUAAAUUAAUAAAAACAAGUGAUUCUGAUGAAA